CGUUCACAUCAGUCCGUUCUCUAAGCGGGUUAGUUAGCUUAGCUUAGCUUAGCCGCUUGGAUUUAGCCAAGGUUGUGUAUUUCUGCUCGUUUCAUUUAACGGGCGUUAAUAAUAAUAAAAAAAUAAUAAUAAUGUUAGUGGUGCGUGGUUAUUGCAUGGCACCGUGAUAUGGUGUACAUCAGCUGUGUUUACGCUUGCGUUGCUAGCUGGCUGACUGCAUCCUGUCAUCUGUCAUAGCGUUAGCAUUAGCAUUAACAUUAACAUUAGCUCGCUGAUUGACCGAAAUCGCAGUCGAGCUGAAAUAGGCACGAAAACACCUCCAGCUUUCUGUCUCCGUCUCGCAGGAACGGUUUAAGGUCGGGAAAGAUGUGUUUUUGGUUUCCUCAGGGGUUUAUCUGAGUGACAGUGGACAGUUUAGCUCUUUAUUUUGUUGUUGCCUGGUUUAUAUAGCUAGAUAAUAGCUAACAACUGAUAACUGGAAACAGAUGUUGGAGAACCGUUAUUACCAUAAAUGCUGUAAUAUAUGACACCGUGAAUUCUAUAGGAUUAUAUAAGGCUGUAGACACAAUGUCUCCCAGGGCAGCUGAGGCAGUGUCUGAUUCACACUAAAAGGGCUUCAGGUCUAUUACACUUCCCUGAUUAAGGCUACAGGAACCGUGUUGUUUAAUUUCGGGUCAUUUGUGAUAACCCAAUCCGUGACAAGGUGGUAUCGCAGUCAAGGAGCUCAGCAUGAAGAAGUUCUUCGACUCUCGGAGGGAGCUGGUUAGUGCUGGUCCUGGUUCUGGAGGUGGAGGCGGAUCCGGUGGAGUCGGCGGGAACUUCAUCGGCAGGACCUUCACCAUCGGACAUCAUCAGGUCACCGUGGAGGAAACCCUCGCUGAAGGUGGUUUCGCCAUCGUGUUUUUGGUUCGGACCAACCAGGGUGUCCGAUGUGCGCUGAAGAGAAUGUACGUGAAUAACGAGCACGACCUGCAGGUGUGUCGCCGAGAAAUUCAAAUCAUGAGGGAUCUCUCGGGCCAUAAGAACAUCGUGGGCUACGUGGACUCGUGCGUGACGGCUGUAGGGGGCGGUGACGUGUGGGAGGUUCUCAUCCUCAUGGACGUGUGUAAAGGAGGUCAGGUGGUGAAUCUGAUGAACCAGCGUCUGCAGACGGGAUUCACAGAGACUGAAGUGCUGCAGAUUUUCUGUGACACGUGUGAAGCUGUAGCUCAACUGCACCAAUAUAAAACUCCCAUCAUCCACCGGGACCUGAAGGUGGAAAAUAUCCUGUUACACGAUCAGGGUCAUUACGUACUGUGUGAUUUCGGCAGCGCUACCAAGAAAUUCCAAAACCCACAGAGCGAUGGCGUGACUGUUGUGGAAGAAGAGAUCAAAAAGUACACCACUCUCUCGUACCGUGCUCCUGAGAUGGUGAACCUGUAUAACGGUAAACUUAUCACCACCAAAGCAGAUAUCUGGGCUCUGGGCUGCUUGCUGUACAAGCUGUGCUUUUUCUCGCUGCCCUUCGGAGAGAGUCAGGUGGCCAUAUGUGACGGGAGCUUCACCAUCCCAGAUAACUCUCGUUACUCCUACGAUAUGCACUGUCUGAUCCGCUACAUGCUGGAGCCGGAUCCGGAUAAACGGCCCGAUAUUUAUCAGGUGUCUCACUUUGCUUUCCGACUCGCUCGACGCGAAUGUCCUGUCCAAAACACACAGAAUUCCCCACUACCCACUAAGCUUCCUGAGCCAGUAAGAGCAAGUGAGGCAGCAGCGGCGAAGAAGAGCCAAACGCAGACGAAGGCCAGGCUGACGGAUCCCAUCCCCACCACCGAGACGUCCAUCACGCCACGUCAGAGGCCCAAAGCCGCUCAGGCUCAGCCAAUGGGGGGCGUCCUGCAGAUCCAACCUGCUGCACUCACACCUCGCAAGAGAGGUACACCUAUACACUCAGCUGUGAGUGUGAAUUUGGCUCAGCCAGCUGCAGCGCUGCAGUCCCAGAUCACACACUCCUCUAACCAACCUCAGCACAAACAGCCCAUGCAUCCAAUCCCAGUUUCGGCACCUGUAUCAGGAAGUGUAACUCCACCAGUGACGAGCCCCGUCCCUCCAGCAGUAACAAGUCCUGCUCCUCAGAAAGCCACACCCACUCCAUCAAGUCCGGUUCCACCCACCGCUCCAGCGCGUAGUGCCAAGCGCAAACAACAACAACAACAAAAUAAUCAACAACCAACACUACAACAACAACAACAAAAACAGCCUCCUCCUCUUGCAGCACAGCCACUUGAAGCCACGCCUGCUACCACACCCCCUGCCCCGACCACUUCCGGGGAAACGCCUACCACUAUGGGCCUCUCCCAGACCCCGCCCUCUUCCCCAAGGACCCAGAAGGCAGGGCAUAGACGCAUCCAGAGCGAUGUCACACACAGCGCAAUGGUCGGCGUGUGCGCAAGCCAGUCGACGCAGCAGCUACAGGCCGCUACAGCCGAGGCGAACCUCAACAAAUCCAAGUCAGCCAGCGCCACUCCAUCCAACUCACCACAGUCUUCCCAGCAGAGUGUGUAUGAAUCUGGCCAGCAGUGCGGCGCCACCGCUUCUGUCCCAAAUCUCAUCACUACUUCUGCCCAGAGUCUUGCCGCUUCUUCUGCCCCGAGUCUGAACGCACCUUCUGUUCCCGGUCUUAUCACUACCGCUGCUUCGAGUCUUAGUGCCCUGGACCAGCCGUCCUGGAAUCCCUUCGGAGAUGACAACUUUUCCAUGCUCACAGCCGAGGAACUGCUCAAUAAAAACUUCACCAAACUCUCCAAAGAAACUGCAGAGCCUCCUAGCAUUUGCACAGAGGAACUUCUCCCUGGACUGGACUCUGUUGAACCCAUUACUCAGCCUUCAGCUGAAAGACCUGCUGAUAUUCUGGGGUUGGAUUCGGGUGCUGAUUUACUGGCAGUACCAGAAAAGCUAAUAGAGGGUCUGAAGUCUCCAGACGCAUCUCUUAUGCUACCUGACCUUCUGUCAAUGUCCGACCCCUUUGGCAGUUCUGUAGAGGACAUGAGAGAUGGAAGUGCUGAGGUGUGUGUGGACUCCCUGAUUCCUGGACUGGAGGCUCCUCAGGUUCAUCCUGUGCAGACAGACGCAAUGAGGACUGACACUCUGAGUGGAGAAGACUCUCUCUUGGGCAGUCCUUUCUCCUCUGGCCCUGCCCCAUGUCUAGACGAAUUUGCACCUGUGUCAGGAGGAUCUGCCCACAGCAUGACCGACUCGACUUGCUUGAUCUCUGGCUUUGAGCCGCCGGGUUCAGACAAAAGCGCAGAUGACGAGUUUGACCCGAUCCCAGUGCGUGUCUCGAAAACAUCUCAAGGUGAGCCAAUCAGCACGAACGGUUACGUACCUGGAGCUCAGGAACAAGAAGAGGAGGAGGAGGAGGAGGAGGAAGCUUUCACUAGCGUCUCCUCCGUGGACGUUUUUUCCCUCGCGCCUUUCCCUUCGAAGCAGCAAGAUGUUUUCCUCCAGGCUCCGUUUGGUCCUCGUAAAAAUGUCUCAGUGAUGCAGCAGCCAAUCGCAGCGAACUAUGAUAUAUCCAGCGUAGGACAGCAGCCAAUCACAGCGCAUCGUGCUGGCCCACGUCCAGUGCACACAGGGCACCAUGCACAGGUCUCCGCUGUCAGGCAGCAGCCAAUCAAAAUGCCCCAUGUCACGUCUAAUGUCGGACAGCAGCCAAUCGCAGCGCAUUGUGUUUCGUCUAGUGUCAAACAACAGCCAAUCACAGCGCACCGUGUCUUGUCGAGUGUAGGACAGCAGCCAAUCACAGCGCACCGUGUCGUGUCCAGUGUGGGACAGCAGGCUGCGGUUGGCUCUGUCUCUGUUGGGCCACUUUAUUCCUGGACUUUGGAUGUCAGAACACCAUUUCAGCCCAGGUGUCAUCAAGAGAAGCCUUAACGUUCUAGAGAUACACACACACACACUCCCUCACAGUGUUACUAUCCAGAUUUCCAAAGUGAGUUAGCAAAGAUUUACAGGAGUAAAGGCCUAUUCACAGCGAACAUGAUGCAACUAAAUUAGUGUUUGUUUUACGGAGAUAGUGCCAGCUGGAGCGUCCGGUUCUCUCCGGCAUCAAUUUAGUCAUAUCAACAAGUCAGAUUUGAGUUUCCAUGUCUCUAAAAAAGCUCUCUGACAUCAGCAGUGACGACAUUGGGCAGGAGGCUCCGUGUGCACUUGUUAUGUUUAAGAUUUCCUCAUGCAAAAAAAAAAAAUAAUAAUAAUCAAGUUUGAUGAACUGAAAAUAGGUCUUCAAUGGAAUAAUAAUGUGGAAGUGAUUAUUACCAGGUACCUGACAACACAGACAGAACCGCACGAUUCAGGCAUAAGGUUAUCCCCGUGAUGUGCGGGGACUGUAGGAGACCUCGACUACCUUCUUCCUCUCUGCAGCACUUUAUUUCCUCUGUACUUCUCAUGUAAACCUCCAGAUCUAAAGGUAUGCAAGUAUUAAUGCAUUUUUAGACAUAGCACCUCCAGUGUAUUCCUUUUUUCUGUGUGUUUACAUUGGUAAAUUAUUGCUUAUCCGUAUAACCACAGCAGUAUUUAGAUAUAUACUCGACGCAUAAAUGUAGGAGAAUGCGAAGGACGCAUCUCAACUCAAAAUUCAAAUUAGAAUGUAAAAUGUAAAACAGUUUUGCAUUUUCAUUCACAACUUUAUUCACAAGCUGCCUGUGAUCAUGCUUGAAUGAAAAAACACAGGAAUCUUCAUUUUUGCUUGCAAAUCCUGCUCCCUGGAGCCAUUGCUGUGGCCCCACCCCUCAGUUCUUUACCAUCACUCCUGUGGUCCCACCCACCCCUCAGUUCUUUACCAUCAUUCCUGUGGCCCCACCCCUCAGCUCAGCUCCCUGGAGCCAUUCCUGUGGCCCCACCUCUCAGUUCUUUACCAUCAUUCCUGUGGCCCCACCCCUCAGCUCCAUGGAGCCAUUCCUGUGGCCCCACCCCUCAGUUCUUUACCAUCAUUCCUGUGGCCCCACCCCUCAGUUCUUUACCAUCAUUCCUGUGGCCCCACCCCUCAGCUCCAUGGAGCCAUUCCUGUGGCCCCACCCCUCAGCUUCCUGAAACCAUUCCUGUGGCCCCACCCCUAAGUUCCCUGGAGCCAUUCCUCUGACUGCACCCUUCAGUUCUUAGCAGCUAUUUCUAUGGUCCCACCCCUAAGUUCUUUAGCAUCAUUCCUGUGGCCCCACCCCUCAGCUCCAUGGAGCCAUUCCUGUGGCCCCACCUCUCAGCUCAGCUCCCUGGAGCCAUUCCUGUGGCCCCACCGCUCAGUUCUUUACCAUCAUUCCUGUGGCCCCACCCCUCAGCUCCAUGGAGCCAUUCCUGUGGCCCCACCCCUCAGUUCUUUACCAUCAUUCCUGUGGCCCCACCCCUCAGUUCUUUACCAUCAUUCCUGUGGCCCCAGCCCUCAGUUCUUUACCAUCAUUCCUGUGGCCCCACCACUCAGUUCUUUACCAUCAUUCCUGUGGCCCCACCCCUCAGCUCCAUGGAGCCAUUCCUGUGGCCCCACCCCUCAGCUUCCUGAAACCAUUCCUGUGGCCCCACCCCUAAGUUCCCUGGAGCCAUUCCUCUGACCGCACCCUUCAGUUCUUAGCAGCUAUUUCUAUGGUCCCACCCCUAAGUUCUUUAGCAUCAUUCCUGUGGCCCCACCCCUCAACUCUUGGUAGCUAUUCCUCUGGCCCCACCCCUCAGUUCUUUAGCGUCAUUCCUCUGGCCCCACCCCUCAACUCUUGGUAGCUAUUCCUCUGGCCCCACUCCCUCAUCUCUCUAGAGCCAGUCCCCUGGUCCUGCCCUUCAGCUUUCUGGAUCCAUUUAUUGUACAAAGCUGUAAGAUUUUUAGCCGUAAGAUUUUGAUUCAGAAUGUGGUUACAGAUUUUAUGAUUCAAAAGAUUGCGUUUCAUUGUUGCAUUUAUAUGAAAAUGUUUAAACAGGCUGAUAAAAAAUGAAAUCUCAAAUGUCAUGCAUUCUGUACUCUAGUAUUGAUGUCUCAUUAACAUGCACUUUGUAAAAAAACAAACAAACCUUUCUUUAAAAGAAAAUGCAAGCCAGAAAAUUACAAAUGUGUCAUCCAAACUACACAAACUACAUGGAUGCAGUACUGUCAUUAACCCUAGUAUACCUCUACAGUGAAUAAUGAGGACAUUGUUAGACAGCAGAAGUUGUAAAGGGAAACUGUAAAGGCGGAGCAGGAUGAGUGGAGACAGCAGUGAGAAUAUUAUUCAAGGUAUAAUGUUUAAAAAGCUAACCAAGUUAUAUAGAUUAGACCUUUUUAAAGCAACCUCUAGGUUUUAGAUCCUGGUACUUUUUUUUUUGCCUUCAGUUAGAUCGUCAGAUGAAGAGCUCAGUAAGUGCACGCUAUUAUUUGUGAAUAUGAAGUGUGUUCUUCAUUGCUGUACUGUUUAAAGAAUUUUAUAUCUAUACUGUGAGUGAAAGUGUAUGAAGAUGAAGAAGUUUUGGCUUCAGUUCUGCUUCUCCUGCAGUGUUCAUUGGCCGUGUAAGCUUCUGCCGGCUUUCCGGAAUUUUCCGUUUCCACUCUCUUACGUCAUUUAAACCGUAAGUGUCUCAGAGUGAAACCUGCUGUGUCAGCACGGGCUCGAGAGGAGUUCACUUUGCGCCGUGUUUUAUUUACACGUACUGGAGUAAACACAGUGAGUGGAGCUUAAUGAACUACACGCAGAGAAGGACAGAACCUGUUAGUCAUUUAUGUCUGUCUCUCUAUGCAUGUCUGGACAUCUGUUUAUAUAGGACAGAUGAGACUGAGGAUAAAACUGUGUCUAAAUAUUAAAGCAAAGCAUGAAAAAAUACAGACUGGUUUAU